UCCGUACUACACGACCCACUCAAUCUCUCUUGCUCCUUUUUUCCCUUUCUUUUAAAAUUUGAAAAAAAUACAGAGAAGCCGACGAAAUGAAAAGCGCGUUCCAUCUUGCCGCCAUGGUCAUCCUCCAUUUAUGAUCCUCUUUGUUCUUUCUCCAACUUCCCCGACCCUCACUUCCCCAUGAUUUCUCCCUACGAAUGACUUCGUGAUUAUUUGUUCACCAUCUUUAAUGUGUGAUCUACUACUUUCUCAGUAGCCAAACGCCCUUAGAUUUCUCAACUGUUUGGAGGUCUUGGAGAUUUGAUGCCUUCUGGAAACAUGUUUAGAGAGAGGAAGAUGGGGAAACCAUCAGGUGCGGCGCCAGGCAGCAGAGGCUGGACUCAGAUCUACGCAAUCUACGGUCUCGACCAGCUGCACACCAUUCUCUUCCUUCUCUUCAACGCUGUCCUAUUUACCGUUCUGUCACUCCUCUACCUCACUUAUUUCAACCCCAUCACCCUCUUCUUCCACCGCCUCCUCCCCAUCGACACCGCCCGUUUUGCCGCCGGGUUCACUGGCUCUGUCACCGCCCUUUCCGCCCUCUGUCUCUUCUUCGCAUCCGGACACUUCCUAUACUCCUCACUCCCCCUCCACUACGACGUCGCCCAGCGCAUGGUCGGCUCAGUCAACGAAUGGUCGACCGUCAAGCACGCCCUGGACCUCGGCUGCGGCCGCGGCAUACUUUUAAACGCGGUGGCGACCCAGAUGAAGAAAGAGGGGAGUUCGGGUCGGGUUGUGGGCCUGGACCGGUCCAAGAUGACGAGCCUCUCGUCUACGCUGCGGACAGCGAAGAUUGAAGGUGUAGGGGAGUACGUGACUUGCCGCGAGGGCGACCCCAGGAGAUUGCCGUUUGGGGACGGGUACUUCGACGUUGUGGUGUCUGCUGUGUUCGUCCACACCGUCGGAAAAGAGUACGGCCAUCGGACGGUGGAGGCGUCGGCGGAGCGGAUGAGGGUUGUCGGCGAGAUGGUCAGGGUUCUGAAGCCCGGUGGGGUGGGGGUGGUGUGGGACCUACUGCACGUGCCGGAGUACGUGCGGCGGCUGCAGGAGCUGAAGAUGGAGGACAUUCGGGUGUCGGAGCGGGUAACGGCGUUUAUGGCGAGCAGCCAGAUCGUGUCGUUUCGCAAGCCCAGUCAGCACGUUAUUGGACCCGGUGAGGUCCGACUCGACUGGAGAUGCUGAAUAGCAGUCCGACCCGACCCACAUACAGACGAAAUAAACAGUCAGCGAAAAUAGUAUAAAUACAUAACGACACCGAAGACUUUGCAGUAAUGAUAAUUAAUUAAUUAAUCAAAAAUCAAGAAAUGAAUGGAUUUCUUUCUGUGUUUGUAUGGAGUUAUGUGUUCUGGAGAAGCGAAGCUGACCCAGAUCAGAUGGGGAGAGAGAUGAUUAUACAUGUAAUACCCCUACUUUAAUUAUCUAUGAUACUUUGUUAUAUUUUAAUGAAAUUAGAAUCAUACUGGA